AUGGGAGAUAAGUCCGUGGAGGAAAAAGAUCACAUUAGCUAUGACCAUGUUGGUCCAAGUUCAGGUGAUGUCAAGAAGGUCAUUGACUUCUAUAACUGGGAAGCCAAGCAUAGGGAGGGUAACAUGUAUUGCAAUCUUGGCAAUGCUAAUAUCAAUCUGGGUAAUUUAAAAAAAGCCAUAGAGUACGCCAACCUACAUCUUAAAAUAGCUAAAGAAGUAGGAGACAAGCAUGGGGAGGGUAACGCUUAUGGCAAUCUUGGCAAUGCUUAUUUUAGUCUGGGUGAUUUCAAAAAAGCCAUAGAGUACUACAACCUACAUCUUAAAAUAGCUAAAGAAGUAGGAGACAAGCAUGGGGAGGGUGGUGCUUAUGGCAAUCUUGGCAAUGCUUUUAUUCGUCUGGGUGAUUUCAAAAAAGCCAUAGAGUACCACAACGUACAUCUUAAAGUAGCAAAAGAAGUAAGAGACAAACAUGGGGAGGGCCUUGCUUAUGGCAAUCUUGGCAAUGCUUAUAAAGGACUGGGUGAUUUCAAAAAAGCCGUAGAGUACCACAGCCUACGUCUUAAAAUAAUUAAAGAAGUAGGAGACAAGCAUGGGGAGGGUACCACUUAUGGCAAUCUUGGCAUUGCUUAUAAAGGACUGGGUGAUUUCAAAAAAGCUAUAGAGUACCACAACCUACAUCUUAAAAUAGCUAAAGAAGUAGGAGACAAGCAUGGGGAGGGUAGCGCUUAUGGCAAUCUUGGCAUUGCUUAUAAAGGACUGGGUGAUUUCAAAAAAGCCAUAGAGUACCACAACCUCAAUCUUAAAAUAGCUAAAGAAGUAGGAGACAAGCAUGGGGAGGGUUACGUUUAUUGCAAUCUUGGCAAUGCUUAUAACAAACUGGGUAAUUUAAAAAAAGCAAUAGAGUACCACAACCUACAUCUUAAAAUAGCGAAAGAAGUAGGAGACAAGCAUGGGGAGGGUGGUGCUUAUGGCAAUCUUGGCAAUGCUUAUUCUAGUCUGGGCUAUUUCAAAAAAGCCAUAGAGUUUCAGAACCUAAAUCUUAAAAUAGCUGAAGAAGUAGGAGACAAGCAUAGGGAGGGUAACAUAUAUUGCCAUCUUGGCAUGGCUUAUUACAAGCUGGGUGAGUUAGAAAAGGCCAUAGAGUACCACAACCUACAUCUCAAUAUAGCAAAAGAAGUAGGAGACAAGCAUGGGGAGGGUAACGCUUAUGGCAAUCUUGGCAAUGCUUAUCGCAGUCUGGGUAAUUUAAAAAAAGCCAUAGAGUUCCAGAGCCUACAUCUUAAAAUAACUAAAGAAGUAGGAGAUAGGCAUGGGGAGGGUGGUGCUUAUGGCAGUCUUGGCGAUGUGUAUGGGUCUUUGGGAGACUUGAUCAAAGCCAACAAGUCAUACAAGCUAAUGCUCAACAUUGCCAAAGAGGGCGAAGACAAACCCUUGGAGGCAAGGGCCUACUCCUCAUUAGGAUUGGUUUUGGAGAUGAUGGGUCGAUUACCAAAAGCUGUUGAACAUUACCAAGCUAGCAUAACUUUAUACGAUUCCUUGAGAGUACUUCUAAAAUCUAAAGAUGAAUGGAAAGUCAAUUUUCGAAAUCAGUAUCAAGGUGUGUAUACAGGUUUGAUUAGAGUUCUCGUAGAACAAGGUAAUAUCGUUGAAGCCUUAUUUGCUGCUGAGAAAGGACGAGCUCAAGCUCUCAACGACCUCAUGGAAUCCAGCUUUUGUGGUGAAACUAGUCAGCACAAGAGAGGCGAUGAAAUUUUAGCAGUGUUAAAGAACGUUCCAUCAGACACUGUCUUUCAGGCAGUGGACGGAGCUAGCGUCAAUCUUUGGGUUGUGUCCGAAGAAAAACAAGUUCAGUUAAGACAAAGUAAACUCAAAGGUUUUGUUUCAGAGAAUAGUGGAGCUAGCCAGUCCUUUAAGUCGUUCAUGCUCGGUGUCUAUACGCAACUUGGUGUUGUUUCUGAUGGGAGAUGCGAGAAUCGAUCUUUGGAUGCUUUGAGGGAGAGCUGUUCAAAAGUGGAUGUGAAAACUAAAGAGGACAACCCUCAAGCUCCCAUCGAACAAAACGAAUGCUUGCGCACUUUGUAUGAUAUCGUUAUGAAGCCGGUGGCUGACCUGGUUCAAGGGGAUGAGCUACUCAUUAUUCCCGAUGGACCCCUGUGGCUCGUUCCUUACGCUGCACUCAUGGAUGGUAAUUCUAAAUAUCUGUGUGAAUCGUUCAGAAUCCGACUCGGUCCUUCGUUAACAAGUCUUAGACUCAUUGCCGAUUGCCCAGAUGAUUAUCACAAAAGAAGUGGUGCGUUACUUGUAGGAGAGCCGUGGGUAGCCGAGGUCACUGAUAGCGAGGGAGAGAAAGUCUUUGAUCCGCUUCCGUGUGCUAAAGAAGAAGUAGAAAUGAUCGGAAAAAUUCUGAAUAUCACGCCAAUCACUGGCAAACAGGCCACGAAACGUGAGGUGUUGAAAAGACUCAGUUCCGUUUCCUUAGUUCACUUUGCGGCACACGGAUGUAUGGAAACUGGCGAAAUUGCUCUUACUCCUGACCCAAAGCGAAUAUCUACUAUGCCAAGAGAGGAGGAUUACAUUUUAACAAUUAGAGAUGUGUUAAAUGUUCAACUACGUGCCAAACUUGUGGUGCUCAGUUGCUGCCACAGUGGUCAGGGCGAGAUCAAGGCUGAAGGUGUGGUUGGCAUUGCGCGUGCCUUUAUGGGGGCUGGUGCUCGGUCUGUUGUGGUGUCCCUGUGGAACAUCGAUGACGAGGCUACUCUCGAGUUCAUGAAAUACUUUUAUCAACACCUUGCGGAAGGUAAACCUGCAAGCGAGUCACUGAACCUGGCCACGAAAAGCCUCAGAGAAUCAGACAAGUUCCGCGACAUCAAAUACUGGGCGCCCUUUUUACUGAUUGGAGAUGACGUCAGUGUUGACUUUAUGGCAAAAGAAAGAUAA